CUGUGCUGUGUCAAUAUGCCUGAACCGGUGAAGUCAGCUCCCGCUCCGAAGAAGGGCUCCAAGAAGGCCGUGACCAAGGCGCAGAAGAAGGAUGGCAAGAAGCGCAAGCGCAGCCGCAAGGAGAGCUACUCGGUGUACGUGUACAAGGUGCUGAAGCAGGUCCACCCCGACACCGGCAUCUCUUCCAAGGCCAUGGGCAUCAUGAACUCGUUCGUCAAUGACAUCUUCGAGCGCAUCGCUGGCGAGGCGUCGCGCCUGGCGCAUUACAACAAGCGCUCGACCAUCACGUCCCGGGAGAUCCAGACGGCCGUGCGCCUGCUGCUGCCCGGGGAGCUGGCCAAGCACGCCGUGUCCGAGGGCACCAAGGCCGUCACCAAGUACACCAGCUCCAAGUAAACUUCCAAGCGACACCACCAAAGGCUCUUUUCAGAGCCACCUACACUUUCAGCAAAAGUAGUUGUACACGUGUCUAUGUUGGGAACGUGGGGCGUAUUGAACCGUUUUUUCUUUUAGCCUUCAGCCUGUCUCCUGUGAGACCGGCGUGGUUGCCGUGUUCCUAAGUCUCCUUUACAGUAGCUCGGCCCCGUCUACUUUUCCAAAAAGUGAAGGCAAACGAAUAGGGCAAAGGCGCCAGGUAAGUUCCUCGUCGACCGUGACUGAAGCGAGAUCGAAAACUUGUUGGCUAAUGUAAACAAAACUAGGACAGCGAGUGAGGCUACUCAGGUCUUUAAAGGUUGUGUUACUGUGGCAGGGAACUCCUGGGCCCGGAGAGGGGGCAUCAAAUUGAACAUGCGAGCACUAAGUACUGUUUCUUAACCAGGCACUAUUGUGAGGGAUUGGGUUCCUUUAUAUUCGUGAUGUCAUUUCGUUUUCUGUUUUCCAGGACAGGGUUUCUUUGUGUAACCGUGCCUGUCUUGGAACUUGCUCUGGGAUAGGCUGGUCUCGAACUAAAGACGUGCACCCGCCUCUGCCUCCCGGUUGCUGUGAUUAAAGGUCUGUGCCUUGAAUAAGGAAAAGGCCACAGGUAAGUUCCUGAUCUUUCAUUUGUUUGUUUGUAUCAUAAUCUCCGAUUCUGGGGUCAGUGAUUAGGACUGAACACAGCCGGAAUCUGGGAGAUUUGCAGAUAGGUAGGUGUAAGGAGGCUUGAGCUCACAUCAGAUCUGCCCACGCAUAUCUCGCUACUGAUGUUGAUUGUACUGGGACGCUCAGAAGGACAACCCACCGCUACAGUGACAGAGUCACAUUUGCCAUCUGUUAGCUCAAGUCUGUAAAAAUGAGUCCCCAGGUCAUCCAGUUUGCAGGUGUGAAGCUUCACUUCAAG